AUGUUAGAAAAGAUCAUUCUGGUGUUGUCUCUUCAGAUAAGUCUCCUAGGAAUCACUCUUGGUGGGAAUGUUCUGAUUUGGCCGAUGGAAGGUAGUCAUUGGCUAAAUAUUAAGAUCAUUAUAGAUGAGCUCAUUAAAAAGCAGCAUAAUGUGACUGUCAUUGUUUACUCUGGUGCACUUUUCAUUGAUCCCACCUAUAACCCAUCUCUGACAUUUGAAAUAUAUAAGGUGCCCUUUGGGAAAGAAAGAAUGGAAGAAAUGAUCAGAAAUUUUAUUUUGACAUGGAUGGGAAAUAGACCAUCUCCUUCAACCAUUUGGAGAUUCUAUCAGGAGAUUGGCAUAGUCCUCCAGGACUUCCAUGCACUGUGUAGAGAAAUCUGUGAUGGUGUUCUCAAAAACCAAAAGCUGAUGGAAAAGUUGAAGAAAAGCAAAUUUGAAGUCCUGGUAUCAGAUCCAGUAUUUCCUUGUGGCGAUAUAGUAGCUUUAAAACUUGGAAUUCCAUUUAUGUUCUCCUUGAGGUUUUCUCCAGCAUCGACAGUGGAAAAGCACUGUGGGAAGACACCAUACCCUCCUUCCUAUGUUCCUGCUAUUUUAUCAGAACUAAACGACCAGAUGUCUUUUACUGACAGAAUAAGAAAUUUCAUUUCCUACCAUCUACAGGACUACAUCUUUCAUACCCUUUGGAAAUCAUGGGAUUCCUACUAUAGUGAAGCUUUGGAUGGUAGCCAUUGGUUAAAUAUUAAGAUCAUUCUAGAAGAGCUGACUCAAAGAAAUCACAAUGUGACCGUACUGGCUUCAUCAGCAACUUUAUUCAUCAACUCCAAUCCUGAUUCUCUUGUGAAUUUUGAGGUGAUACCUGUUUCCUUCAAGAAGAGCAAUAUAGAUUCCUUAAUUGAACAUAUGAUAAUGCUGUGGAUAGACCACAGGCCAACUCCUCUCACACUCUGGACUUUCUACAAAGAACUCGGAAAACUCCUAGAUACUUUUUUUCAAAUUAACCUACAAAUCUGUGAUGGCGUAUUAAACAACCCCAAGUUAAUGUCAAGACUUCAGAAAGGUGGUUUUGAUGUGUUGGUAGCCGACCCAGUAACAAUCUGUGGGGACCUGGUUGCUCUGAAAUUAGGAAUUCCAUUUAUGUACACAUUGAGGUUCUCCCCAGCCUCAACAGUGGAGAGACACUGUGGGAAAAUUCCCACACCUGCCUCCUAUGUACCAGCAGCCUUGUCCGAGCUCACUGACCAGAUGACCUUUGCUGAAAGGGUUAAAAAUAUCAUAUCUUAUCCUCUGCAAGACUAUAUAUUUCAGUCCUACUGGGGAGAAUGGAAUUUGUACUACAGCAAAGUUUUAGGAAGACCCACUACAUUAUGUGAGACUAUGGGGAAAGCAGAAAUUUGGCUAAUGAGGACAUAUUGGGAUUUUGAAUUUCCUCGCCCAUACCUACCUAAUUUUGAGUUUGUAGGAGGAUUGCACUGUAAACCAGCCAAACCGUUACCUAAGGUUUUGUGGAGAUACAAAGGAAAGAAACCGGCCACAUUGGGAGCCAAUACUCGGCUCUAUGACUGGAUACCCCAGAAUGACCUUCUCGGUCAUCCCAAAGCAAAAGCUUUUAUCACUCAUGGUGGAACAAAUGGAAUCUAUGAAGGUAUUUAUCAUGGGGUCCCUAUGGUGGGAGUUCCCAUGUUUGCUGAUCAGCAUGAUAACAUUGCUCACAUGAAGGCCAAAGGAGCAGCUGUGGAGGUGAACAUAAACACAAUGACAAGUGCAGAUUUGCAUGAUGCCUUGAAAACAGUCAUUAAUGAACCUUCUUAUAAAGAGAAUGCUAUGAGGCUAUCAAGGAUUCACCAUGAUCAACCUAUAAAGCCCUUGGAUCGAGCAGUCUUCUGGAUCGAGUUUGUCAUGCGCCACAAAGGAGCUAAACACCUGCGGCCAGCUGCUCACAACCUCACCUGGUUCCAGUACCACUCUUUGGAUGUGAUUGGGUUCCUGCUGGCCUGUGCAGCAUCUGCUAUAAUUUUGGUCACAAAUUGUUGUCUGUUUUCUUGUCGAAAAUUUGGUAAAACAGGAAAGAAGAAAAAGAGGGAAUAG